GGAAGGGCUGUCACCCGCCCCUUUGGUUUCAUUCCUUUAGAUUUUGUACCUUGACACACACAGAGCCCUGGGGUCUUGCUACCAGCACCAAGCUUGAGAAAUGGAUGUCCCAGAAUGCCCUGAGUUGCUGGAUGAGGAGCAGUACUCUCGGCAGCUGUAUGUGCUGGGUCUACCUGCCAUGCAGAAGAUUCGGGAAGCCAAGGUCCUGCUGUCUGGCUUACAGGGAUUAGGGGCUGAGGUGGCCAAGAACCUGGUCCUGAUGGGGGUGGGCAGCCUGACACUUCACGAUCCCCAGCCCACCUGCUGGUCUGACCUGGCUUCUCAGUUUUUCCUCUCAGAGGAGGAUUUGGGAAGGAACAGAGCUGAAGUGUCUCAUUCACGGCUGACUCAGCUCAAUGAAGAUGUCCAAGUCUCCAUCCAUACAGGGGAUAUUACUGAGGACAUCCUUCUAGACUUCCAGGUAGUGGUGCUGACUGCCUCAAAACUAGAAGAGCAGCUGAAGGUGGGCAACUUGUGCCACAAACAUGGAAUCUGCUUUCUGGUGGCUGAUACCCGAGGGCUGGUGGGGCAGGUAUUCUGUGACUUCGGUGAGGACUUCAUUGUGCAGGAACUAACAGAGGCUGAAGCCCUGAGAGCUGCCAUUCAGGACAUCUCCCAGGGAUCUCCAGGCAUUGUCACUCUGAGAGAUAAGGACCAUGGACACUCCUUCUGUGACGGGGACUUGGUGAUUUUCUCAGACAUUAAAGGGAUGAUUGAGCUCAAUGGUUGUUGCCGUACUAUCCGUGUACAGAAGGAUGGGUCUUUGGAGAUCGGAGAUACAGCAACUUUCUCCCAUUAUCUAAGUGGUGGGACCAUCACUGAAGUCAAGAGAUUCAAGAUGGUGAGACAUGAGCCCCUGGACAUAGCCCUGCUCCAGCCCCGAGUGGUGGCCCAGAAUACCCAGGAAGUCCACCGUGCCCACUGCCUACAUCAGGCCUUUCGUGCACUGCAUGAGUUCCAGCACUUGUAUGGCCGGUUUCCCCAGCCCUGGGAUCCAAUUGAUGCAGAGGCUGUGGUGAGCUUGGCUCAGGCCCUGGAACCACUAAACGGGACAAAUGAAGAGCCAUUGGAUGAGACUCUACUGCGGAUGGUUGCCCUGAGUAGUGCUGGCUAUUUGAGUCCCAUGGCAGCCUUUCUAGGAGCAGUGACUGCCCAAGAAGUCCUGAAGGCAAUCUCCAGGAAAUUCGUGCCCCUGGACCAGUGGCUGUACUUUGAUGCCCUUGAUUGUCUUCCAGAAGAUGGGGAGCUUCGUCUCAAUCCUGAGGAGUGUGCCCCGAGAGGCUGCCGCUAUGAUGGACAGAUUGCAGUGUUUGGAUCUAGUUUUCAGGACAGACUGAGCUGCCAGAAUUACCUCUUGGUGGGUGCUGGUGCCAUCGGCUGUGAGAUGCUCAAAGGCUUUGCCCUAGUAGGCCUGGGAGCAGGGGGCAGUGGAGGUGUGGCUGUUGCUGACAUGGACCAUAUCGAGCGCUCCAAUCUCAGUCGUCAGUUCCUCUUCCGGUCACAGGACAUUGGUAGGCCUAAGGCAGAAGUCGCUGCAGCAGCUGUCCAUGGUCUGAACCCAAACGUACAAGUGACUCCAUUCAUCCAUCCACUCGAUCCCGCCACAGAGCACAUUUACGGAGACCACGUCUUCUCUCAUGUGGAUGGCGUGGUUGCUGCCGUAGAUAGUUUCCAGGCCCGAUACUACGUGGCUGCUCGAUGCACCCACUAUCUGAAACCACUGCUGGAAACGGGCACACAGGGCACCAGGGGCAGUGCUUCAGUGUACAUUCCGCGUGUAACCGAGACCUAUAGUGGCCCUGCCUCAGACCCAACUUCUGAGGAUACCCCCUACCCUAUCUGUACUAUCCGUUACCUCCCCAGCACGUUCGAGCACACCCUGCAGUGGGCUCAGGAUAAAUUUGAAGGACUCUUCCGAUUAUCUGCAGAGACCAUCAACCGCUAUCAACAGGCGGGCACUACCCUCUCACACAUGGAUGGGCAACAGAUCCUGAUCUCACUACAGCAGGUGCUGGGUAUCCUGAGCGUACGCCCGCAGACCUGGCAAGACUGUGUGGUGUGGGCCCUUCACCAAUGGCAAGUGUGCUUCCAUUAUGACAUCAUCCAACUGCGAACGUGCUUCCCACCUGAUAAAGUGCUUGAGGAUGGAACUCAAUUCUGGUCAGGAUCCAAACAAUGUCCUCAGCCCCUGGAAUUUGAUUCUAGCCAAGGCAUGCACUUUCUCUAUGUGCUGGCAGCUGCUAAUUUGUAUGCCCAGAUGCAUGGACUACCUGGCUCAUCAGACCAGACUGCGCUCAGGGGACUGCUGAAAUUGCUGCUACAGCCUGACCCUCAACAGGAGAACCCUAUCUUUGCUAGUAAACUAAAGCUGGCUUGGGGACCUGCUGAGUUUGGUCCUGAGCAGUUAAAAGAACUACAGAAGGCCCUGGAAGUCUGGAGCAAGGGCCCCCCACUGAAGCCUCUGCUGUUUGACAAGGAUGAUGACAGUAACUUCCAUAUGGACUUUCUGACAGCAGCAGCUAAUCUACGAUCUCAGAACUAUGGGAUCCUACCAGCCAGCCGUGCCCAGAGCAAGCUAAUUGUGGGCCAGAUUAUCCCAGCCAUUGCUACCAGUACAGCGGCUGUGGCGGGCCUGCUGGGCCUGGAGCUGUAUAAGGUGGUGAGUGGGCCCCGGCCCCUCCAUACCUUUCGUCACAGUUAUCUAUCCCUGGCUGAAAACCGCUUCUACCGAAAUGUACCUUCUGCCCCAGCCAUCCACAAGUUUCAAGACAUGAAAUGGACCCGUUGGGAUCGCCUGAAGGUGUCAGCUGGGCAGCCAGAGAGGACACUGGAGUCACUGCUGGCCUGUCUCCAGGAACAACAUGGGUUGAGGGUGAGGAUGCUGCUACAUGGCUCAGCAAUACUCUAUUCUGCAAGAUGGGCACCUGAAAAACAGACCCGGAGCCUGGCCCUUAGGGUGACAGAACUGGUUCAGCAGGUGACAAACAAGGUACCUGAUCCUGAGGUGCGGGUGCUGGUACUGGAGCUGAGUUGUGAAGGUGAGGAAGACCACACGGCCUUCCCCCCUCUGCACUAUGAGCUGCGACCCGACAGCCAACACCCCAGCAUCUAGUUCUAUUGACCCCUACGUUAUGAGCCCGUGGCAGGCCCUUAAUAAAUGCCCAUUCAAGGAA